UCUAUCCUAAGCAAGAAAACAAACAACAAAAGUUUUUGAUACACAUCCAAACAAACAUAAUUUUUCUUCUCUUCUUCCCCAUUAGCAAUGCCAAGAAGAAAAGUUAAGAUUGAAAAUGAUACUCAAAGGAGAGCCACAUAUAAGAAGAGACAAAAAGUAGCCUUUAAAAAGGCUCAAGAACUUAGUAUUCUUUGUGAUUGUGAAGUAGCUAGCGUCAGAUAUAGUGAGUACCACACAGAACCUGUGGUAUAUCCAAAUUAUCAAGCUGCACUAGACACUUAUAAUAAGUUUAAGGCACUUUCAUCAUCCGCUCAGUCAAAACACAUGAUGACGACAGAAGAGUUUAUUAAGAAAAUUAUAGAUAAGAAGAAAGACCAAUUAUACAAGUUACAGAGAGAAAACGAUCUCAAAGAAAAGACAAAUAUGAUGCAUGAAGUGGUAAGAGGAAAAAAGAUUUCCAAGGACAUAAAUGGUAAUGAUCUUAAUGAUCUAAUGUAUGCCAUGAAAAGAAACUUGGUAAUGUUCCGCAAACUGAAAAUUAAAGCUGAUGAAGAGGGUUCUACUUUGUAUGCCUCUCAACCAAUUUCUAGUGAUUCUCCAGUAUCGACUGUUCCUUUGGCUUCUCCAUCGAUAGUUUCUAGUGGAACCAACCGCGAGGGUCCAAGAUCUCCUCUAAUGGUCACUGAAGUGGCUCAAAUAAUAGAGGAUAAAGGGGCUCCACUAAUAAUUCCUUCAUCUCCUUCUGCUGAAAUGAUCCAAUAAUUAUUUCAUCCAGUAAAUCCUCCUCAAAUGGUUCCUUUUGUGGACCCCUCAUGGAUUUCUCCUUAUUCGUUAUUUUCAGCAGAAUUAUUUCCUUCGUUGGUUCCGCAGAUGCAUUCUUCUACACAUCAACAAAUGGAUCUUAGAAGGACCCCUAUAAUGGCUCCUCCAAUACCUUCAAUAAUGACUUUUUCAACGAAUUCACCAAUAUUGGAGUCUUCAACCGCUGCUUCGUUUGUACCACAAGACUCUUCGAUGAACAACUCUGCAAACUAUCAGAACAAUUCUGUUGGAUUUCCACAAAGGUCAGCUUCGUCAUAAUCAAUCGACUGGGAUAAUAAUAGUAUUAUGUCUUUUUUUGAUGAUUCAUAUCUCAACAACAUUGAUGUUCAAGAUCCAAACCAAAAAAAUUACUUCUAAGGAUGUUGGACCAAAUACAUGUCUGUUUUAAUUAGUAGAGAUUGGUAUGUCUAUGUUGUCCAAUGGAUAGUCUAUGUCUUUUAAUAUUUAAAUGCAUAAGUAGUCUCAUAGGAUUCUUCAUAUAUCUUUACUUUUUGUCCUUAUU